AUGGACGUCAAAAAGAAACGACCUCGACGCGAAAAAAUGGCAACGACGAAACCGAGAGACGCGAUCGUCGUCGAACACAUCCUGAACCAAAUGGGCGCAGAACACUUCGAACCUCGCGUGGUCAAUCAAGGAUUGGAAUUCAUAUACAGAUACGUCGGCGACGUUCUGGAAGAAGCGAAGGUAUACCAGAGACACAGGAUUGGGUACGAUGUCGCGAACAACGAAGGAGUGGAAUCUCUCGUCGAUGGAGGCGAUGGUGGUGAGGCGAUGAUGAUGAACUUGGAAGAGAUGAAGAAAAACUCAGUCUCGGUGAAAGACGUGCGCUUGGCGUCUCGGGUGAUACUCGCGCGGGAAUUCGCGGCGAACGACGCCAUGGAAUCCGCGGAGAGUUUACAAAAAGCGUGCGUGAAACUAAACGAGAAACCGAUGCCGAAAUUGUUGGAACGGCCAGGGAUUCGCGUCCCGCAAGACGAUAAUUUAUUAAACGAGAACUACGAGAUCGGGCCUCGACGAGGGAAGGAAGGCGAAGCGCAGAUGCGCGAAGCGCGAGAGAGAGAUCGGAAACGAAGAGAACAAGAAGAAAAAGAAAGGAUGGAAAUGCUGACGCAGUUGCAAGGCGGGAUUGCGCCUUCGACGGAAUUAACCGGCGGCGACGCCCACGUGGGCGUCCAGUUUAACGUCAAAGCGACGAAAGCGAUCGAGGUGACCACGGAAAAGGUGAAGAAGUUGGACGCGAAAACCAAAGAAGCGUUUUUCGAGCCCGAGGAGGACGAUUACGAUUAG